AUGCAUUUAACAAACUAUAGCAUAAAUAAAUUAGCACAAUCGAAUGAUCAAGGAAAUCCAGUUGUUUUAAAAUGGAAACUAACGUCAUUGUGGCAACAUAUCGCUGAAUACGUUGAUGUAAAAGUGAUACAACAACGCAUUAUUGACGUUAUCAUUAAAACUGUUAUUGCUUGCGAAACACCAAUAAGAAAAUAUCAAAAGAAAUUCAGUUUAUAUAGUUUUACUUGUCAUGAAUUGUUUGGAAUGGAUAUUCUUAUUGAUGAUACCUUGCGGCCAUGGUUGCUUGAGGUGAAUAUAUCACCGUCGUUACAUUCCGAAACAGCACUUGAUUUCAAUAUUAAGGCGCCAUUAGCGAGAGAUGUAUUAAACCUUUGUGGUGUACAAGUACCUUCAGUGAAAAAUGAAAAAGAAAGUCCAUUAGUGAUCAAUUAUGGAGUUAAACCCCAUGACAGGCAUAAAACAGUUCAUGAUUUAGAAAAAGAAAGGUUUCAUGUCGAAUAUUACAAUAAAAAUAGGAAAAUUGAUCCUUCAAUAAUUGAAAAACUAACGGGCUCAGAUGUUCGUAUCUUAAUCGAUUUUGAAGACGAAUUGUUGCGUGCAGGUGGAUUUACAUUAAUUUUUCCCACAGUUAAUACUAUUGGCUAUCUGAAAUACUUCAGUGAACCAAUUUAUUCGAAUUUAUUGCUUACGCAGUGGCAGAUAGAACAAUGUGAAAGCGAUCGACAAACUGGUAUACGAUCUCUUGAAGAAUUUUGCAAACGCGGUGAUCAUUUGUCAGAACUGUCGGAUGAAUUUACCUCCUCUCUUGAUUAA